AUGCAGCCUUCGCACGAACAUCAGCUCCAGUCGAGCGAUGGCGCCGUCAGUGACGAGAACCGUCGCGUACUCGAAUGGAUUGCCCAGAUGAUGAACCCGACGACACGCGAGGGCGCCUUACUUGAGCUGAGCAAGAAGAGGGAACAAGUUCCCGAGUUGGCCCUGAUCCUAUGGCACUCAUUCGGCGUCAUGACUUCGCUUCUACAGGAAAUCAUCUCCGUUUACCCUCUCUUGAAUCCCUCGCAGCUUACGGCAGCUGCCUCCAACCGCGUCUGUAACGCCCUUGCUCUGCUCCAGUGUGUGGCCUCGCACGGCGAGACUCGUGGCCUAUUCUUGGGCGCCCAUAUCCCGCUGUUCCUCUACCCGUUCCUCAACACCACCUCCAAGUCGAGACCUUUUGAAUACCUGCGCCUCACUUCUCUCGGUGUCAUUGGUGCACUGGUCAAGAAUGACAGUUCCGAGGUCAUCAACUUCCUCCUGACAACCGAGAUCAUUCCCCUCUGCCUGCGUAUCAUGGAGACGGGCAGCGAACUCAGCAAGACAGUCGCCAUAUUCAUCGUCCAGAAGAUCCUGCUUGACGACCUCGGUCUGCAGUAUAUCUGUCAAACAUACGAGCGUUUCUACGCCGUCGGGACCGUCCUUUCAAACAUGGUCAACCAGCUCGUCGAGCAGCAGACAGUGCGCCUGCUCAAGCAUGUAGUUAGAUGCUUCCUUCGCCUCAGCGAUAACGCCCGCGCCCGUGAGGCCCUCCGCCAAUGCCUGCCCGAACCCCUCCGCGACGCCACCUUCUCGUCUGUUCUGCGCGAUGAUGCUGCGACCAAGCGUUGUCUGGCACAACUGCUGCUUGCACUCUCGGACCAGGUCGCCGAUCCCACGCAGCAGAAUCAGCCCUCCCUCCUACCCUGA